AUGGCGUUCCGAAUCACGCUCCCGCGCAAUGCGAGCAAGCACAUCAGUUCCUACGGCAGCGUACUCGAUCGGUUCAUGGUGAGCCAUGCGCCCACUCUGGCCGCAUCGCAGAAAGCCUCUUUACCAGCCGCAUCAUCGUCCGCAUCUACCUCUUCCACCUCUAGCAACACUGCCAACCCAGCAUCGUUGUUUGAGCCCUCCAAGUCGUCCUCAACCGGCUUUUGGGCGCCUCCAAAAUAUUCUCUGCGUCGUCAAGCCAAGCUGGUGAAAGAGGCCGCGCUCACAGGCCAACUCUCACUCCUGCCAGACGGACCCAAGACCGCGCGUAUCGCACAGCGCUUGCACCGACUGCGCAAAUCGCACGCAUUCGAACAGACUGCAGCUGAAUACCAGUACAUCCCCAAGGACCUCGCUGCAACCAUGCCGGUACGACCGGCCUCAUUGAGCGAGCGCGCAGUCAAACCGAACCAGCGUGUCAGUCGAUCUGAACGAGAAGCAGCACUGUCCGCAGCAAGACUACAGGUCAAAGAUGUAGGACCAUACGCCGGUAGAGCCAAAGUGUUCAAGGGAAGCAGAGUGGAUAAGGACAAGCUCAGGAGGGCCGAGAGCGUCACGUCCAAGCUGGCCGGCAUGAAACAGACAAUUGACGAAUGGCAGUCGGCACAGACCGAGGCCAAGACCAAGUUGAAGCCAGGUCUUCCAUUCUAA